AUGCGCUUGUCUAACAACAUGCUGACGGCGUAUAGCCAGUCACUUAUUCCUCUUCUCUUGUCAUCCUUUCCCAGUUUUAUUAAUUCCCAGAGUACAACAUUGACGACCUCGACUACGACUGAGACAUGGAUCCUAAAGGAUGUUACAUUUUCAACAGUGGUUACGCACCUCCCUUGGUGUCCGCUACCAUCUGCUGGUGCAGCAGUCUCCGCAUCUGGUCCUAUAGUGGUUCAAUUAUCUUUCAGAGCUAAUGUUACCGAUGGAAGUGAUUCUGGUGAUGGUGUUGUCACAUUCGUCAUGGACCGAAAUGGCAAUGAUAUCGUUGUUUCCAAUAACCCCUUAAUUCUUUCCCUAAAUACAAGCUUUGUUCUUCAGGAGUUUUCCAAUACACCUCAAGUUCUAUACUUUUCACUGCCGACAAAUCUCACAAGUACUAACCGCAAGUUGGGCAAACGAUUUGACGAGCUCCUCCCCGUUUUUGUCUCGGACCAAGUCCCUUCAGACGCUAUCUUUGAGGGUUGGUUCGAGGAUAUUGACGGUGAAUUCUUCAUUCGGGUAUCUACCAGCGGAGGAGAGGUUAUUCUCGGGUUUACUGUCUGCCCAACAGAUGGAACAGCAGCCAGUGGACAGAAAGUUUAUGUAUAUGAUUUGUCGCUCGGAGUGCCAAAUACCGACCAAUGUAUCAGGGCUGCCGCCAACACUCUUCCAUAUCCACUGUGGACUGCUAGUGCUACGAGCCUCCCAACUGGUAUCUCUAUUGAUCCUUUUAAUCCAGAAGAUGGGGCGACUACUCCUACCACCAGAUCCCGAACUUCUAGGCGUACUAGUAUACGCUCGUCAAGUGCUACUACCACGGACAGCGAUACUACAAACACUAUCACAAGCAGGACCCCUACAAAUACUGGAAUGAGCAUCACGAGCACUUCUAGCAGCCGCAGAACCAGUUCUUCAAGUGACAGCUCUGACUCAAGUUCUAUUUCCUCGAAUUCGUCGACUACUGAUACCCGUAUAUACACAACCACCACAUUCUGGACAACUGGCGUCCCCGAUGGUACUACAUCAGCUACUUCGACUACCGAUGCGGCCGAUGCUACAGUUACUGUAUCAGAGUACCAACCUUACCCCUCAUCUAUCAAAAUUGUCUCAACCAGAGACGGCGAAACUUCUUCUGCUAUAUAUUAUAUUAAAGCCAUCUUUAGCGGAAACUGGCUCCCCGUCCCGCCUUCUUUGUACGAAGACCCUAUUACCUCUUCGGACCUAUUUCUUUUAAACAUGGUAUGGGUUCUUAACAGCGAAGGCCACAUAUUUUCUCCAAUUUAUGGACCCCGCACGGUUCAAGGCGAGUGGCAGGGUUUGGGGCACAACACUACCAUACCCAACCGACUAUAUAUCGUCGGAUCAAAAACAACGGCAAUGGACAUCCCUGAUUUUAGCGGCAUGAUUAUUCGAGUAAAAACUUUCACAGAAAUGGUGGACACUGAUGUUCUCCUCUCUUUUAACAUCACCAGUUCUGGGUUGCUUACCUUGAAUUCUGCGGUUAACACAACGGCUGGGUAUGGUAUCUGGGCUUGCGAAGAGACCGGGCAGCACUGGGGCAUAACGGAUGGGUCCGAUAGAUACUGCCAAUGGGACAAGAUUACCACUAUGCAUAUGCAAGGAAAUCCAGCUCUCGCAGACUCCGAUGAAGCAUACUAUGGCUUUGUCACCGUUGACGCAACUUAUACCGCAGGUUUGGGUGAUGGGCCAACAGUCACAAGACACAAGUUCUUACCGAAGUCUGUCACAACAGCCACAUUGGAGCUAACGGCUGGAGAUGCCUACUACCUCACCGUUGGUACUGGUUUGAAAGUCCCAACCGCAACGAUCACCUUCGGUCAACGUGUCGAGCGUUCAACCUCUUCAAACGCUUGGAAUAUUACUGCAUCUAUUUCCUCAACAGUAAUUAACCCCUCGGCACCUACUAAGACGGUGAUUGAAUACUUAGCUCCUUCCGGACAUCCAAUGUAUCGAAUGUUUUGGAUCGGUGGUGCUACGACGGAUCAGAAAUACUUCGCCCUGAGCACCGAUACCACCACAGGCAACCAACUUCUCUUAUACGGUGACGCCAAUACGGAUCCAGAUACCCAAAGGAUAGCAGAAUUUUGGACCACUCCAAACGGUAACGACCUUAUAGCGAGAGGGUACAAUUCCACACAUAGGUAUCUAGAUCCAACGUACGCAUACUUCGAUUCUGCGUCGAACGGGAUUAAGUUUUAUCCUUUCCAACAAAAUCCUAGCGGAACUGAAUUAAUGCUUUUCGACUUUAUGCCGGAGGACCAGGGUUCCGGAAUGCAGCCUAGAUCGCCAUCAAAUGCAGUAAACUGGGCUGGCGGAGAUCUGGCACUCUGGAUGUGUGGUAAAGGGGCCACAACGUACCCAAGUGGACCGAACGCGGUAUACCUUGGUAACAGCGAAACUACUACAAGUGCAUUAAAUUUAGCAGCCGAUUGCGCUGUAAUAGGUGACAGUUUUUUCAACACCUGGAUCUAUGAGGACGGUAUAUGGUCACAGGGAACCUACUGGAAGAGGGAUGAAGAUGGUGCCUGGAGAAAUGAUGACGGCGCUGCCUAUCAUGAACUCGUGGCGUCGGGAGAGCUGUCAUGA